GGCAAAUCCAUCUUCCUCGCUGGAUUUUACUCUGUCGUCUCCGAUGAUCUUCGUCUCACUAUGACAAAUCCGGAUGAAGUUAAGACCGUUUGCGAAUGUCAGCAUGCUCUCGCGUUAUACAGUGACGAAGAAGUUCGUGAGACAAGGGACAACUUUAACAACGUUCCAAAUAUACAUGAAAUCGACGAGGAGGAUAGUGAGCCCGAAGAAGCGGCAACUUUAGAGCAACCGGGUCCUGCUUCCCAUCAAGAAGAUGAUAAAGUUGCAUUGGAGAGUAAGGAUGACGAUGAAUCCGCGUACACAGGCGAGUCUUUCUGCUCCGAUGUGUCCUGCGACGAGUCCGAGGUCACCAGCGUCACAUUGGGAUCCCUGAAAUCACUUUCGCUCCACAUUGACGAUCCUCGGCACAGUCCGAAGGAGCAGGAUGCAGAAAUUGACGAGUGGAAGGAUGAUUCCCAAGACGAGUCCUACUCGCUGAACGAUAGGCCGUCUCGCGCGACAACGGCGAGUGGAUUUGCCAGGUCAAGGCGAUGCAGACGAUGGAAUAUGAGUUUCACCGACGAGGAAAUGCGUAGGAUCGGGCGAGAAAACGAGCUACUGCUGAGAAAGAUCAUGGCGCAGCAGAGACCACGGAGUAGGAUCAUCGACGAAUGCACCGCUCCGCCUAAAAUCAGUAGCUCCGCGAUAAACAGGAGGAAGCUGCAGAAGAAAAUAGAAGACGAUAAUAUGAUUCUUUUGAAAAGGAUACAACAAGCAAAGUCCCGCGUCUUCGCGAAUGCAUCGCAAAUGGGUUGUAGAUUGACUUUUUUAUAGAACUUUUAUGACACGUUGAAGAAACUUCUUAGAAACGUGAGAAACGGAAUCAACUAGUAAACUAAGAUUUGAUAAAUUGAUAAAUAUUAUCUACGUAGGUAUAAAUUGUGAUGUAAAUUCUUUGAGGUUUUGUCACACAUGCUUUGUCGUCUUUUAAUCUACAUGAAGUAAUUCCGCGUAUGCGGAAUAUUUCUGUUGUUUCGCGCACGAGAAAGUCGUGAUGCACUUCGAUGAUCUAUCACAGAAAGUUUCUGCUCUCCCUGAGUACAAUAUACAUUAGUGCGUUUUUUGCUUUUUUGUGACUUCUUUAUUAAAACACAACGAUUACCAGUCUUGAAGAAUAGGUACACAUUUCUUUCGUUUCAUACUUUGUAUACGACGCAACCUUGUAAAACUUGUCUUGAAAAUUUUGCGUGAAGGUAUCUCUACAAGUCAAGACUAUAAAAAAUCACAGCUCUCACUCGUCUCGAAUAACUUAAUUAUCACUCGUGGUUAAUACCAAGAUCAGAAUUCUCGAGUAUUGCAUUUUCUCUCUUUUUUUUCCUGUUUCUCUUUUUUUUCUUCUCUUUUCUCCGUGUUCCUCCGAACAAUAUCGCGAGAGCAGAGAAAGGGUGUGCUGUAGUCAAGGAGCAAAUUAUAAAUUUACGUAUAUAAGCCCAUGUAUAACGAUAUAGUUGUUUCUUUAAAUUAAUACGUGCUGUGAUUA